CGUGAGCGCCAACUGCCCCUCCCUGAUGCGUCACUUUCGUCACAAACCAAAUCCAAAGCCACCUCCCGUCCACCUCGAAGCUGAAAAGCCACAAAGCAACUUCUUCCUUCCUCUUCCUCUUUCCAGCACGAAUUUUUGGGUGCCGGUGCCCCCAAACCCUCUCCGUUUCCGGGCAGCCAUGGACGUGCUUUGGAUCCCUCUUCUCGCCACCCUCGCGCUCCUCCACCAAACCACGAGCGCCAGCGACACCACGGAGGUGAUCGGGGUUCUGGGCGGGUCCGUGACCUUCCGCGGCCCCAUCGCAGAGGGACAUGCACUCUGGAGUUUUGGGAAUGAACCCAUAGUGACUGUGAAAUUUGAGGACCCUCCUCAACCCAUAUUUUUCGAAGAUAAAUUCAAAACCCGUGUUGCCUUCUCUGAGAGAGGCCACGCGCUCAGCAUCUCCCCGCUGAGGAUGGAGGAUGCCGGGACCUACUUUGUAACAAUCAAUGGAAAAACAUCAAAAAGAUCCACCUUCCGCCUCCAGGUGUUCCGGGAGCUGCCAGAGCCCACGGUGACCUGCGAGGCCCAGAACUGCUCGCACGGGAGCUGCAGCUCCUCCCUGCGCUGCUCCGCGCCCGGCGCCGACCUCGGGAACGUCUCCUACACCUGGAGCAGACGGGAUCGGACGUGGGACGGGAGCUCCGUGGUGCUGCUGGUGAACGAAUCGGCCGGGGACGAGCCGGAGCCGCUGACGUGCACGGCACGGAACCCCGUCAGCAGCAGGAGCGUCACCGUCCCCAGCCCCGGGGUGCUCUGCGCGGGCGCCCGCUCCAGCAGCUGGAUCAGGAUCGGCGUCGUAGCCGGGGUUGAAUUCGCCGUGCUUUUGUCGAUGUUCCUCGUGUCCUUCUGGCUGUCCAGAGAUUGACACCCGGUUAACCCGCUGAAAGGAGCUGAACGCGCCUUGUGGAAAAGCAGAUUUAAAAACAAACAAAGCCCAAGAAAACCUCUCUUUCCUCUGCCCCGGGAACGGGUUACGGGGCUGGGCUGCGAUUUCUGCCACCAGGACUGUCCCAAGGCCACGGGACCAGCGCCAGGAGCUGGGCACAGCCCUGAAAUCCAGAGCGGCCGCGAGGCCGAUGCUGUCCGGCCAAAACCGCGUGGCAGCCGCCGCUGUCUCGCGACGGACUUUGCCGGUUUCGUGGAAAUUCAAAUGAAAAGCCAGGAAAGAGCUGUU